CUGGCUGUGUUGGGUGGUGGAGGGUGACGACACAUUUAUACUCACGCGAUCUAACCCAAAAACCUUUAUUAUGUUUAACAUAAACUCAUUAACACCAUUUCUAAAAUAAUAUUUAAGGAUAAAUAAAUAACAUCGACGGUAAUUGUAUUGCACAAACAAGUUAUACACUUUAAUAAUGCAUAGUUCAUCGACCUAGAUCGCCAAAUCAUGGAUCAAACAUCACAAAUAAAAGAGAACUGGAGCAAAUGGAAAUAAACGAUCCAUAUAAAUCUGAAAAAAAUACUCUUUCAAAGCACAUCGGUGCCUUUAAGUGAAUCCAAUAAUUUGAUUUGUCAUUUAAUACGUUGAGAAAACAAAAUCACGGUUACAAUAAGUCAGUAAAAUUAUUUAAUCUAUAUAGGUAUGUAUUUCAUCAUUAAAUAUAAAAUAAAUGUAACAUUUAUAUUCAUCAUCAGCAGCGCCCACGAGCCAUGUUCGCACGGCAUAGGAUGAAGCCCUCAUCCAGCAGUGGAUCAACAUAAGGGCUGUACGCGCACACAUCACGCUUGGGCACAUUGUGCUACACGUACCCAUUUGUGUCGCACGUGCAUUUUCCCAAGUGACAUGCGGUGCAGUUUACGCAGUUGGCCAUCCUUCGCCUGCAUGCGCCACCCACUCCCGUCUCAUCCCACUCCGUCACGGCUAAACAGCGAUAACCCGACUCGACUCGAGGCUUAGCCCUGGCCGCAACAACCUUUAUCUGCGGGCGCAGACGUGCGACGUCAAUGCUCUCUCACCUUUAGCCGGCCCAGCCUCCCCACUCGCUGAUCGACACCCCACCCAUCACGCAAAGCAGCCCGCAUUAUGAGCUUCGCUCCGAUUUCCAACGCGGAGACAGCAACACGCUGAAGGCCAGGUGAAGCGGGUAAACACAGCGGAGUCUGAGCAACUCUCCCAAGGCAUCAUGUUUCCCACUUGCUUCGUUAUGGCGGUGAUCCUGCUGGAGACUGCUUCGUGCACCAGGCUGACAUCGCAAGUACAAGCCGGGGAAGCGGCCCAAUUAAUGUGCAAGGACGCAACAGAAUUUAAAUAUGUGAAGUGGUUGAAGGACGGUAAGCGGCUCCUCUACGCAAGGAAAGAUGACGUGACGAUCGACUGGCCUCACCUCAAGAACCUGGCCACACAACCGUGGACAAAGUGGCGCGUGCUGACGAUCCCCAACGUGUCGCUCACGCACGCCGGAUGUUACACCUGCCAGAUCGACAUUAACGAUUCCUUCCAGUCCACCACCACCCUGCUAACCGUCAUAGAGAGACAAAUGACGACGCCAGGCCCGGAGUCGACCGCGAGGUCCCCGCUGCCCGUCCAGGAUGGCCGCAACACAACGAGGGCUGAAGCGGUGGCGCCGGAGAUGCAAGGCCCAGCCACCAGCAGCGUCAUGAAGUUCUCCCUCCUCGCCGUCGGCCUUGCGCUUGCCAUCACGUGGAUCGCGUGCGCCGCUUUUGCAGUCUUCAAGAAGGUGCUGCAGCCCAGGCAGAAGAAGGUGGCAGAGGCGCUGAGGCUGCUGGGAGGGAACCACAGCCUCACGGUGGUGGGGGGAGUGCCGAUGGAGGGGGUUCACGCACCUCGUGACCUCGCCGACCCGGAGCGGGACUUGCUGAUUCCUGCUCACCGCCUGACUCUCGGCCACUCGCUGGGCUCGGGAGAGUUCGGCCUGGUGCUCGAGGGGCACGUGAAGGAUGGCAGCCUGUGCGGACAGACACGCGUCGCCGUCAAAAUGCCACUCGACGAGGGCGAGCAGUCACGCGCAGAGCGGUGGCAGCGGUUUGAGCGGGAGGUGCGGGUGAUGCUGCACGCGGGCACGCACCAGAACGUCCUCGCCUGCCUGGGCUACAGCAAGGCACCCAACGGUUUUCCCAUGGCCAUUCUGGAGCUGGCUCCCGGUGGCAACCUGCAGACGUUCCUGCGUGAGUGCCGGGGUCACGUAACGUCGAGGCCGGGCCAGGCUGCCUACGCCGCUGGCAGCUGGGCCAGGGCCGGCAGAGGCUCGGGUCUGAGUGGACAGGAUUUCGCGCUGAUCGCACGCGGGGUGGCGCACGGGAUGGCCCACCUCACCAGACAGCGUCUGGUGCAUGGAGACGUGGCCACGCGGAACAUUCUGAUCGGACAGAGCCUCGCACAGUGCAAGGUGUCCGACUUCGGGCUCGCACGCCUUGAGGACGAGCCCGAGCACAUCCACGCGCAGGCUCGGGUGCCAUUCCGCUGGUACCCACCGGAGUACUUCUCAUCGCGUAGCUACACGCGUGCGGGCGACGUGUGGGCCUACGGAGUGCUGCUGUGGGAGCUCGUCAGCUUUGCCUACACUCCGUAUGCGAACAUUACGUGCCACGUGAUGCUGGGCACGCGGUUGUUGCAGGGACACCGCCUGGCCCGACCACCACACUGCAGCCUUGCCAUGUACGACCUGAUGAUGCGCUGUUGGGAGGGGAACCCCCAGCGCCGCCCAGACUUCCAGGAGGUUGCCCGCACCCUGCACACCAUCGCCAACUCCCAGCAGGACUAUGUCAAUAUGGCUGCCUUCAAUGCAGAGGGCUACGUGGACCUGGCCCCGCAGCCUGGCGAGAAGCUGUGAAGAACGCCCAUCCAUUCUCAGGCCAACUAUGUUCAGCUAAUUCAAUUGAUUUUAUUUUAUUAAUUUCAAUGCUCAAAAACUAAAAGGGGUAGUGUUUAUCUAAGCAAAAUAUGUCCAUUACAAGAACAGCAACAAUCAAUGAAUGAAGGCCACGACCAUAAUACCACGUGAUGGUGUUAUAUCCCACGUCUGUGAAAAAGAGCUUCACAGCUCAUCGGAUUUCUCCAGGAUAAAUAAAGAUUCUGAGGAUAAAUACACCUCAUACUUUAUUAAUUUGUAUAAAUUGAUCAUUAAGGUAAACGUGUAAUUAGAUUAUGUUACUUUAAAAAUACCAAUUAUCAAAUGAGUUUACAUUACUGCACUUCUGCAGUCUUUAGGAGUCAGUAAUUUGGUGACCGAUUGAAUAACAAUCCUCCAAACAGGCGCCGUGUAUGAUUGGAUCUGUGAUCUAAAGGUCGUGCAAAAUUGACCUACGUAUUAUAAAAGUGGAUUAGUUGAAUUUGCGAUUGCCUUUUAAUAACUGUGCAUCAGGCAUGUGCAAUGAUUUAUUGAUACAAUUGAAGUUUUUACACUCAAUAGCCAUGCAUCAGAUUGUGCAAAACUCGAUUAUUUCCGAUUUCUGAUUAUUAUUUGCUCAUAAAAAUCUCGUGCAUUUAUACUAAUAGGUGGGGGGGGGGGGGGGGACACAGUGAAUGUUAAAUGUCUACUGUGAAUUGCGACUACUGUAUUGUGAUUGAAAUGGGACCAAUGUAAUUGGCUCUUUCUUAUUUUUUCUUCGAAUGUCUAAGCCUGUACUAAAGGUUGUAAACCACGUGUUUCCACCACUUAUGGUGUAUCUAUGAAUUUAGUACUCAGGUGUAGAGUUUUUACCUCGAAGCAUAAAUGUGGUAAAUGGCUGGUCAGAAGAAGGCCUUAGGCUGGGACUUGCAGCCUGCCACAGCCUCUCUAAAUGACCACAGUGCAGCUAACAGUGUUACCAUAUUGUACAUAAUGAAUCAAGGGGCUUUAGUUAAGUCACUGCAAGGAAAUUAAUUAAAUCCUGGAAAGUAGGCUUCCCAUGGAUAAAUAAUUAAAAUGGACAGUACAUAUUAUCUUAUGUCUCCUCAGCUCCAUUUAAAGUAUUUGUAAUGCUUUCAAUAGCUUGCGUGAUUUUAUGCUGUUGUCCCAAACACAUAUUUGCUUGUAAAUAUGACUGAGGUACAAUGCUUUCAUACGCCAUCUUUGUCUAUAUCUUGUUAAAUCCAUAGACGAUAACCCGACUGCAAAGACUCCAAAAUAUAAAAACAAUUCCCAGUGGCCUUUGUUCAAAAAAGGCAAUACCCGAUCAAUUUUAACUAACUUAACUGAAUCUCCGUCAAAACAAAGUCUCAUGUUAAACCAUGAAUGUCAGAUAUUAGAGUUUGCAUCAUUUUCUUUCAGUGAUUUCAAACCAAUCCCCAUCGUAUGUACUUUUUGGUUCUUUCGGUAAAGUCACUAAGGUAUAAAAUAAAAUAAAUUAAAU